AUGUCUUUUUUAGGAGGUUUUUUCCACAACAUCAGAUUGGAAUAUGGAGAUAACAAUGUCAUAUCUUUAAAACAGUGGUCCAAAUUAUGUCACAAAUUAGCGAAACUUGAGGCUAGAAGACUUUUCUUGUUGGAAUGCCGGAGAAGAAAGCAAACACCUACUUUUAUUCAAAACCAGAUUGAUAGAUUAGUUAACACAACCUUCAGAGCAACCAGAGGUUCCGUUAGACGCAGGGUAGACAACUUUGAAUCUCAGGUGAGGGUGCGGCUCCUUAAUAUUUCUAUUCACUCAGUUCAUCAUGACAUUAAAACCAUCACCCAACGAAUUCAGUCUAUUACUUCCUGUCUUAGGAACUCACUUCCUGCCCAUAUCAUCAAUAAUUUUGAUCGUCGACUGCUCAAUCAAUUUAAUUUUACUGUUAACAAAUCACUUGAAACACUUCAAAAAAAGAUUGCCAAUCUUGGUAUCACUCCAUUUUCCAAAAUUAAACAUCAACAGAAAUGGUUCAAAAAUCUUACUGAUAUUGAUCUUCCUCCUAAUGUCUCAAAAUUACUGGCUCUUGGUCCAAAAUUUGGUUUAGCUCCAACUCUCAAGGAUUAUUCAAUUUGUAACCUUUUAUCAGAUGUCGAAAAUAUUUUAACAGAUUCUGAUUCCCCAGAUCUCAUUCAAUUAAGAUCAUCAGCCAAUAAUAUUAUACUAAACUAUACCAAUGCUCCAAAAAAAUCACAGUCAGAAAUAGAUCGGGUUUACAUUGAAACAAAAACUUUUUUAAAGGAUCACCCUGAAUUAUUAGUUCUUUUGAGUGACAAGGGAAAUACCACCGUACUCAUGUACAGAGAUCAGUACAUGGAGUUAAGCCAAUCACUCUUAAAUGAUGAUCAAUAUUAUAGAUCAUUACCAAGAAACCCUACCAUCACUUUUACAUCUAAGAUCAAUAAGCACAUUUCUAAUUUAAAAAGAUCUAAUAUAAUUACAGAUGUUGUAGCCAAAGCCCUCAACAAUUAUAAUGGUAUCGCUCCUAGAUUUUACUGUUUGCCAAAAAUUCACAAACCUCAACUAUCCAUGCGUCCCAUAGUAUCAUCAAUCAACUCUCCCAACUGUAAUAUUGCUAAAUUUUUGGCCAAUAUACUUUCAACAUCAUAUGAUCACAACAACGAAUUCAAUAUUUCAGACUCGUUUAAAUUCAGUGAAUUCAUCAAUAACUUCCAACUACCUAUAGGGUUUCAAAUAGUAAGUUUUGAUGUGGUGUCCCUUUUCACUAACCUACCUUUACCUGUAGUCCUUUCCUCCUUACAUAACCAUUGGAACCAAAUCCAACCCCAUUGUCCUUUUGGGUGGGAAACCUUUGUGGAACUUCUUAAACUAGUUUUUGAUACCAACUAUUUCGUCUACAAUGACAAAUUUUAUCUACAAAUCUUUGGUACUCCAAUGGGAUCUUCUAUUUCUCCCCUGUUGGUUGGUUUUGUCUUAGAUGACUUGAUUUUAGACAGACUCAGUCUUCUAGAUUACAACAUUCCUUUUGUGAAGAGAUAUGUGGACGACUUGAUCCUGGCUGUACCCACUGAUCAGAUUUUGAACACCCUUUCCGUUUUUAAUGAUUAUAAUCCCCACUUACAAUUUACAUGUGAGAUGGAGGAGAACAACACCAUUCCCUUCCUGGACAUGUUAGUUGUACGAGGUACUGACAACAUCCUAAGAACCAAAUGGUUUAGAAAGAGCGUUGCUAGCAAUCGCUUCCUUAAUUAUUAUUCCUUUCAUCCUAAAAGAUUCAAACAUAACCUCGUACAGGGAUUAGCCCUAAGGACACAUAGGUUGUCACAUCCUCUUUACAGAAGUGAAGCCAGUAUAUUACUUAAGACCAUUUUGGGUGAGAAUUCUUAUCCAAUCUCUCUUAUCAAUAGAUACAUUUGUUCUACUUCUCGAGCAUUACUUGACCAGACCUAUUCCAAUUUGGGAGGAGUUCACGAUUCCCCACAAGUUAACAUCGAAAUUCAGAGGGAUGAAGUAUCCACAUCUGUGUCCCCUCAUAGAUACUGCUCCUUACCUUAUUUCCCAUAUCUAACUGAGAAACUUACGAAAUUAUUUAAACCGUUAUCCACCAAAAUUGGUAUUAAGAAUUGUAAAACAGUCGGUAAUCUUUUUUCUCGUACGAAAACACCGAUAGAUAUUUGGGAGAAAUCUAAUGUAGUUUACAACAUCCCUUGUAAAGAUUGUCAUUUGAAAUAUAUUGGCCACAAAAAAAGAACUUUGAAAUCUCGCGUGACGUCACAUAGAAGCGAUAUUAGAUGCAACAAGCAUUCUUGUGCCCUUAGCUCACAUUCUAUUUCACUGAAUCAUCAAAUAGAUUUUGAUAACAUCAAAUCCUUAGGCUCAGAAUCUAAUUUUUAUAAAAGAACCUUUUUAGAGAUGACUCACAUAUUAAGAGAGAAAGAUUCCAUGAAUAAACGCACAGAUAUAGACAAUCUCAGCAUUAUAUAUCACUCCUUACUUCUUAACAACCCAUAAUCCCAGUCAGUAUUGAAAUUCCAAAUUAUUGUUCAUGAAUAAUUCCGUUCAAAGCAUGGCCCAAAACCUAUGUUUUUACUUCAUCCAAAAAGUUCCCACCUACGAACCUCCGAUAUCUGGUUUGGUAAUGAAAGUUUCCUAUUUUCAUUUCAUCCCAACUUCUGCUUCCAACAUGGCAUGCUAACUCCAUGUCUGGUGGUUAGUAACCUACUAUCAUGAGGCAAGUAAUUCAGUAUUUUUUUAUAACUAACAUUUAAUUAAUCCUAACCUAUUUUAGGUUCAUGGAUUUCACCUAAAACUAGAUACCAUCAAAUUAGAUUAGAUUAUUUUGCUGCAGUUUAAAUGUAAAUCCGUUACUUUUCAACAGUAUUGUCAUUUUUUAAACGAUAGGUUCUUCAUUUGGAGGCCUUUUGUGACAACAUGCUUUACAUCCAUUUUUAAAGUGCUCGUAAUAUUAGCUCUAUGCUUUUCAUACUAUACGUAGAAGGUUACCGAAGGGGGUUGGAUGAGAAUCUUAAUUGAAAACACAUCCAGUAUUUUGUUAGAGUCGCAUACCGUUUCAUCAUUAUCUGUAAACCAACGGUUGUUUUUUACCUAAAACUUUUUUGGUGUUUUUUUUAUCUUUUCCACAUUACAGCAAAUAAUUGUGUUAAAUUGAUUAUUCUAACUCUAUCAAAUGGGAAAAAAUUUAUUUUCUUCUCCUGGCCUCAUGGUUCAACCAAUUUUUGUAAAUGUAACUUUGAAACUUUUAGUUUUGUGACUUUUUUGGUUUUUUACUUUAGCAUAAGAAAUUUUAAUGUAUUUUUUAGCUACUAAGUUUAUAACGUCAAAAACCAUUGUUAUGACAUUGUUUUUUACAUCUUUAUGUUAACUUCACAAUCAUUUUAGAACUGAUGAAAUGCAGGAAUAC